AUGACCAACAGGUGUAUCCUCCAAGCUGCAUUCCUGCUUGGGUUUCUCUCCGUAGCCCUGUCCAUCAACUACGAGGACCUUGAGCGCAGACAAAGCAGCACCAAUUCAGCAUGUCUGGAGCUCCUGGAACAGCUGGAUGAACAGCUCUGCCUUGACCACAGAAUAAACUUCAAGAUCCCUAUGGAGGUGAAGCGCCUAGGGCGGAUGGAGAAGAAAGUCGCCGUCAUCUUCAUCCGAGAGAUGCUCCAGAAUAUCUUCAAUGUCUUCAAAAACGAUUCCUCCAGCACUGGGUGGAAUAGGAAAAUCGUUGAAAGCUUCUUGGGUAUACUCGGUGAUCAGAUAGACUUUCUGAACAAAGUCCUAGCGAAUGAAAGAUGGACAUCGAGCAACUUCCCAACCGUUCUACGUUUGAAGAGCUAUUACGGGAGGGUGCAAAGCUUCCUUGAAGUCAAGGGGCACAGCAGCUGCGCCUGGAUGGUAGUCCGAGCAGAAAUCCUCAAGAACUUUUCCAUCAUCAAAAGACUUACUAAUACAUUCCAGAACUGA